GGGAUCAGAGCUUGUUGUGUAAAACGCAGGCAGGUCGACAUCUUUUAGCACGGAUUUGACAGGGUGUGUGGUAGGCGUGUGGAUCUUCUCAUCUGUCAGCGUUAUCGCUGCUAGUACUAAUAACACCGCUUUUCGGCUAUUUGCGGGACUCUGCAGUUCUGUUUGCAAGAUGGGCAGUCGCUACCAGCGGUCCGUGCCCCUGCCGGUCAGGAGAGCAGAGGGACAGAGGAUCAGAGAAAAACACCCGGACAAAAUACCGAUCAUCGUGGAGCGAGUGGCCAGGGCGCGGGUUCCCGAUCUGCAGAAGAAGAAAUACCUCGUCCCCAGCGACUUGACAGUGGGGCAGUUCUGCUUCCUGAUCCGGCAGCGGAUCUCCCUGCGGCCGGAGGAGGCGCUGUUCUUCUUCGUCGACAACGCCCUGCCCCCCUCCGGCGCCACGCUGGCCCAGAUCUACCAGGACCACCACGCUGAGGACCUCUUCCUGUACGUGGCUUACAGUGACGAGAGCGUGUAUGGAGCCUGAGGGCCGCGGGCCGGGGCAGAGGAGAGAGACCCGGAGGCCGGGCCAGGAUGCACAGGGGCAGCCGGCGAGACGGCGCCGGAGGCACGCGGCCAGGCCGUUCCCCGGCGGGGGCGGGCCGGGCGUCUGUAAAUACUGUGAAUAUGUACGCGAGCGGAUUUUGUAACGCAACGCCACAGAGGCCAAUAAACAGGCCGUCGAGUUCUUGUA